GACUAUCUAACAUUUCAGAAACAACAAAAAAUGAAGAAAAAUGGUAUAAAACACGUACACAAAAUCAACCAGAAAACGCACACACACCCAUGCCACAACAAAAAAAAGAACAAGAAACUGUAGUAACAGAGGAGUAUACGACAACAUUUGAGAGCGACGAAAAUAAAGGAAAUAAGCAAAGAAAGACAAAAAAAACAAUAAUUAAAAAUAUAAACGAAAAAAAAGGAGAAGAUAGUACAGUAAUAAUUGAAGAAGAAAUAGACAUAGAUGAAAUCAAAUCACCAUUUCAAUCCGCAGAGAGCUUAUUAAACAUAGAAGAAAUAUGCGACAAUGCUAAUUCGGAAACAGAAUCAAAAAAUACGGCAGAACCAUCAAAACCAGAUUAUCUUGCUUCCAACACUAACCUCUUCCUUGAGCGGACAAGUUGUGUUUUACAGGAUGCCAAUAGAGGCCCAUCAAACAAUAUUAGUGCAGAACAAGUAAAACCACCUGUCACGAAAGAUCACGAAACUCCUGUGGAAGACGCUAUGCUUGGAAAAACCACUUACCUUAUACCAAUAGCUAAAGAAAAGCCUACUGACGAUACAAUUACAAAACAGGUAACUGUAUCCGAAACUUUAACGCCUAAUAGUAAAAACGUUAAAAUUACAAAGAAGACACUUACGAGAAAUAAAGGCAAGAAGCAGCAAGUGACUGAAAUUGUCACAGUCGAAGAAGAAGGAAAAUCUCCUGUUACGACUGUUUACGAAGUACCAGAAGAAGUUAGGUUUGACGAAACAACCAGUCUUCUUCCUGUAACAGAGUACGAGACACCUGCAGAAAGUGAGGAGGUAAAGGAACAAGUGACUGUGGUCCAAGAAACAACGCCUGAAGGCAAAGACGUAAAAAUAACAAAGAAAAAAGUGACGCACAAAAAAGGCAAAAAACAACAAGUUACUGAAAUUGUUACUGUCGAAGAAGAUGGGAAGCCACCUGUCACUACAGUUUACGAAGUUCCUGUCGAAGAUAUGCUUGAGGAGACUUGUCUUUUACCGGUUGCUGAAGAAAAGACGUCUGAAGACGAAAUCACAGAACGAGUUACUGUAUCAGAAACUUUAACGCCUAAUGGCAAGAACGUUAAAAUUACAAAGAAGACGCUUUCGAGACAAGGGGGCAAGAAGCAGCAAGUGACUGAAAUUGUCACAGUCGAAGAAGAAGGAAAAUCUCCUGUUACGACUGUUUACGAAGUACCAGAAGAAGUUAGGUUUGACGAAACAACCGGUCUUCUUCCUGUAACAGAGUACGAGACACCUGCAGAAAGUGAGGAGGUAAAGGAACAAGUGACUGUGGUCCAAGAAACAACGCCUGAAGGCAAAGACGUAAAAAUAACAAAGAAAAAAGUGACGCACAAAAAAGGCAAAAAACAACAAGUUACUGAAAUUGUUACUGUCGAAGAAGAUGGGAAGCCACCUGUCACUACAGUUUACGAAGUUCCUGUCGAAGAUAUGCUUGAGAAAACUUGUCUUUUACCGGUUGCUGAAGAAAAGACGUCUGAAGACGAAAUCACAGAACGGGUUACUGUAUCAGAAACUUUAACGCCUGAUGGCAAGGAAGUUAAAAUUACAAACAAGACACUUACAAAAAAAAGGGGCAAGAAGCAGCAAGUGACCGAAAUUGUUACCGUUGAAGAAGAAGGAAAAUCUUCUGUUACAACUGUUCACGAAGUAACAAAUGAAAGUGUGUUGGACGAAACAACUGGUCUCCUUCCUGUAACAAAGUACGAGACACCUGCAGAAAGUGAGGAGGUAAAAGAACAAGUGACAGUGGUGCAAGAAACAACGCCUGAAGGCAAAGACGUAAAAAUAACAAAGAAAAAAGUGACGCACAAAAAAGGCAAAAAACAACAAGUAACUAAAAUUGUUACUGUCGAAGAAGAUGGGAAGCCACCUGUCACUACAGUUUACGAAGUUCCUGUCGAAGAUAUGCUUAAGGAAACUUGUCUUUUACCGGUUGCUGAAGAAAGGACGUCUGAAGACGAAAUCACAAAACGGGUUACUGUAUCAAAAACUUUAACGCCUGAUGGCAAAGACGUCAAAAUUACAAAGAAGACGCUUUCGAGACGAAGGGGCAAGAAGCAGCAAGUGACUGAAAUUGUCACAGUCGAAGAAGAAGGAAAAUCUCCUGUUACAACUGUUCACGAAGUAUCGAAUGAGAAUGUGUUGGACGAAACAAAUGGUCUCCUUCUUGUAACAGAGUACAAGACACCUGCAGAAAGUGAGGAGGUAAAAGAACAAGUGACAGAGGUCCAUGAAACAACGCCUGAAGGCAAAGACGUGAAAAUAUCAAAGAGGAAAGUGACGCACAAAAACGGCAAAAAGCAACAAGUUACUGAAAUAGUCACUGUCGAAGAAGAAGGAAGAUCUUCUAUUACAACUGUUCACGAAGUACCAAAUGAAAAUGUGUUGGACGAAACAACUGGUCUCCUUCCUGUAACAGAGUACAAGACACCUACAGAAAGUGAGGAGGUAAAGGAACAAGUGACAGUGGUCCAUGAAACAACGCCUGAAGGCAAAGACGUGAAAAUAUCAAAGAAGAAAGUGACGCACAGAAAGGGCAAAAAACAACAAGUUACUGAAAUUGUCACUGUCGAAGAAGAUAAGAAGCCACCUGUCACUACAGUUUACGAAGUUCCUGUCGAAGAUAU